GAAACAGUCAUGGCAAUGUCAUCACUUCUUCUAAUGACAAUCCUGCACAUUGCCAUGGUUUGCUUUGUGAAAAGAAGUUUGCCAUCUUCAGGACAAUUUUGUCUCACAGAAGUUCGACCCUACUUCACGCAGCCCACUAAGAUGCGCAAGCGUGUCAUCACCCGGACCAUGGGCAGUUCGGUGAAGCUGAGGUGCGCUGCCAACGGCAACCCGCAGCCCGUCAUCAUGUGGCUGAAAGACAGCAAGCCCUUGACCUCCGAGGAGGUGGGUGAAGGUCGAAGGAAGACGUGGACGCUGAGCCUGAAGAAUCUGACACCCGAGGACAGCGGCAAAUACACCUGCCACGUGUCCAAUGAGGCCGGCAAGAUCAACGCCACAUACAAAGUGGACGUCAUCAAGAGGACGAAUUCCAGGCCCAUCCUGAUGGGGAAACAUCCAGUGAACACCAUAGUCACCUCUGGAGGAAACACGUCCUUCCAGUGCAAGGUGCGCAGCGACGUGAAGCCCGUCAUUCAGUGGCUGAAGACGGUGGAGCCGGGCCACGAGAGCAAGUACAACUCCACCAUCAAGGUGCGCAACCACCAUUUUGUGUUGUUGUCCACGGGAAAGGUGUUGUCCCGCCUGGACGGAUCCUACUUCAGCAAGCUGUUCAUCACCAGGGCCAAGGAGGAGGACGCCGGCAUGUAUAUCUGCCUGGGGGCCAACACCAUGGGAUACAGCUUCCGCAUCGCCUACCUCACAGUGCUGCGUAAGACUGAGCACAUGAGCCUCCGAACCCGGGAGAAGGUGCGCUCCGCUGGGACGGAGGAGGCAUAA